CGGGACCGGUGGAGGCGCGUCGCCCGGGCGGGCUAAGUAAGGCAACCAUGGUGAAGGAAACCGGUUAUUACGACACUCUGGGAGUGAAACCCAACGCCACCUCCGAUGAAAUUAAGCGUGCCUACCGCAAGUUAGCAUUGAAGUACCAUCCUGACAAGAACCCCAGCGAGGGCGAGCGGUUUAAGCUCAUUUCCCAGGCCUACGAGGUCCUGUCGGAUCCGAAGAGGCGAGAUCUCUAUGACCAAGGUGGCGAACAAGCCAUUAAGGAAGGCAGCGUGAGCGGCGGCAAUUUCUCUUCGCCCAUGGACAUCUUCGACAUGUUCUUUGGCGGCGCUGGCCGGAUGAAUCGAGAAAGGAGAGGUUGCCUUCCCCGAGCAUCACUGGCUUUCCAACGAUCAGCUCCCUCUCUUAGAAGCUCUGCUGCCUCCCCGGGAGGAAGUGAUGGUUUCCGAAGACAUGGAUCAAGUCGACCUGGUCGAAUUCGACCCCAAAGAACGAACCUACCGAAACCACGGUGAAGCCUACGAAGAGGACGAGGAAGGCCCGAGGACGGGGGUCCAGUGCCAGACCUCGUGAACCAAGCGGGGUCUGGGCGCAUGGACUGAAUGCGAGGAACCAUCGCCGGGCUCCCGUUUAUCAAGUUCGGCACGACGAACGGCUGUAUAUUAGUUCUGUUUCAUAUUUAUGUGUUCGUGUUGUUAAAAAAAAGAAAGAAAUGGAUCUGUGUAACUUGAAACACCGAAUGUGCUGUUGCUGUUUGAUAUAAAUAAGCUUUCCUUCCCCCCUGCCCCCAUUUAACCCUAAUUGUCCCAAUCCUGUGGUUUUUCUGGCUCUCCAGGGCUACGAAGAAUGUUGGCGGGGGAUUAUUAAACCAGAAGUGAGCGUUUUUGAGAAACGUGCAUGUCAAGGUUUCCCCAGCGGUGGUUAAAACUUGAAACGUUGCCACUUCACCUUAACAAGAUGGUCUCCAUAUUCUAGAUUAUUUAAUAGGUAUUUUAUCAAAUAAAAUAUCAGGACCAUUUUCUGGCCUGAACCCUGAGUGGUUGGUUGCUCUGGAUGGGAACUGUGCCACUACUUCUAACAGGGAACCUGACGGAAAGAGUUUGGAGAGGGGUCCUUCAUACAUGGGGACGGAGUGGCUAAGACGCUGAGUUUGCCGGUCAGAAAGGUCAGCAGUUUGUUCGAAUCCC